UCUGAAACUUCAACCAGUGAAAAUGUCGGAGCUUGGAAUAAAUGAGCAUCAUCAAACACAAGUUAUUAACUACAUUCGAUUUGCACGUUAUCAGCGAGCGCAACGGUUACGAGCUGUUGAUAAAUGUUUUGAAGAACUGAAAGACAGCAGACUGACAGAUGAGACAUUUACCAUUGACGAGGUGACCGACAUGCUGGAUGGCCUGCUGGCUGUGGUCAGGUCGGAUCUUGAGUCUGAACUAAUCAACACAGCUCACACCAACGUGCUCAUGUCCAGGCAGAUGCUGCAGCAGGCGGAGAAAUGGCACCUCAAGCUCUCCACUGACAUUUCAGAACUGGAAAACAGGGAACUCCUGGAACAGAUCAAGGAAUUUGAAGAAAGAGAAUCUUCUGGUGCCUAGAAAGAUAAUGAAUUUAUCCCAAAGAAACUUAUCCCAAUCAACGACACAGGGCUGACUCAACUGUUAAAUAUGAAAAUUGAUGAACUAGAAUCUGAGAAUGAGAUGCUCUGGCAACGACUCGCUAAUUUUGAUAAGGAGUUUACAAACAAGUAUGAAAGAUCAAAAUCCUUGACCUCUGACAUUGAGCGCCUGCAAUCUGAGCUUCGAGCCAAAGGAACAAGGCCAGGGGCAACACCAGAGGAAGUUUCUGAGAUGGGUCGUCAGAUGGCUGCGCUACAGCUUCAGAUUGAUCAGGAGAGGCAGAAGGGUCAAGUUUCAGCAGAACAUGCGGAGCAAGAGAUGGCCAAGACCAAACAUGAACUCUUAAAGAUCAGGAAAAUGUUAGAGCUAGCGGAGAAGGAACUGGAAAAGAAAGUGAGCCAAACAAAUCCAUUUAAAAAUUUAAAACAAAUGCUCCAAAGAAAAAAUGAUCAGCUGAAAGAUUUACGGAAAAGACUAGGAAAGUAUGAGGAAGUUGAAGAUGAUUAGUUGGAUGAUGUGAUCAAUGUGAUCUGCUAGCAAGUCCCUCUCAUUGUUUUACACUUUGGUGCACUGGUUUUGUUCCCUUUAAUUCAAACACACUAGUUGUUUUUUAUAACACCUUUGAAAAUAAUGUUAGGAAAAUAUUUAUUUAAAAUUAUAGUCAGAAACAGAAAUAACACAUUUAAUACUGUGCAAUUAUCAGUCAAUUUUAAAAGUUAAUGCACCAAUGUUUUAUAUACUCACUUUUAUUCAUUUCUUUACCACAAAAAUAUAUCAUAUCUCAUCUUUUAUUCAUUUCUUUACCACAAAAAUAUGUCUCAUUUCUUCACCUAAUAGCAUAUGUAUCACUGUAUUUUAAAAGUUGUUUAUAAACUCACUAAAGCCAAAAGUAGAUAAGGUUACAAAAAGUAUUUCAGAGGAUAGCACUCACUCACAAG